CUUCUACUAGUUAGACCGCCUUCACCUCGGGCCCCCAUCAAACGGCAAUUCUGUAUUUACCGCAAUUCAAGAUCGACUUGAGUUAAUCUCAAAUGGCCCCCCAAUUCCAAACACAUCGAAUCUACACACCCAACAACAUAGAAAAUUGAACACCACGGACACACAAAACACAGUUAUACACACACCAUGCCAUCAACGACCACAUCCCAAAACGGCUCUCAUCACGAAGCAUCUCCCUCACCACCGCCUCCCGCACCCGUCCCUCUCACACCCGGACCACGCGCGUCGCGUCUCGAAAAAGUAUACACCGAAGCCCUCUCCCGGACACUACGCGCGAACUCCUACGCCAAUUUCUCAGCAUGUUUCCCGACGCCUGCGAAAUAUGUGCCUGCGAGUUUGGAGUCCGUGUGGCGCCAAUUGAACGCGAAGCUGGAAGAGAGCGCCAAGGCGGAGUUUGAUGAGAUUAUGCGCGAGAAGGAUGCGGUUAGGGGGUUGAAUGAGUUGGAUAGAUUAGUGGGGGAGGCGAAGUUGAGGAUGGAGAAUGGGGAGGAAGGGAAUGUUGUUGGUCCGCAUACUCUUGGUGCAGAGGAGUUGUACAAGGCUCAUUUGGCGCCAUAUUUACGAGAUGCGCAAGAUGCGCUUAAUGAGAAAUUGGAAGCGACACAGGCGCAGAACGCGGAGCUAGCGGAGAAGAUUCGGCAGCAGAGGCUGGAGAUUGAGAGCCUGCUAUCUGGAUUGGAGGCCAUUGUGGCCGAUGUGGAGGGAGCUGCUACAGCUACGGCGCAGUAUAGCAAGGAGAAUAGUCUCCGCGAGGAAGUUGUCAGGAUGGAUGAGGAAGUUAGAGCUCGACAGGAUGUAUGAACGGCUACUACGGCAAUCCUACUCUACGCAUCGAUGUGAGUCUCGAGAGGAAC